AUGGCUGUAAGUAAUUGGACAAAUCUGAAUCUAUGUCCUCUAAAUGUCUGCUGUGAUAUCUGGGGCCAGUGUGGUAUUACCUCUGAGUUUUGCACUGCCAGCCCUGUGGAUAUAGGGGCCCCUGGAACAGCGAAGAAUGGAUUCAAUGGUUGUAUUUCCAACUGUGGAAUCUUUAUCACUAACAAUAAAGAUAAGUCUGCUGAGAUUAGGCGUAUAGGCUACUUUGAAAAUUGGAAUAUAGAGCGUAUAUGCCUAAAUAUGGAUGUUUCUAAGUUCCAGGGCAAUACUUACUAUACGCAUGUCCACUGGGCCUUUGCGAAUGUCACAGAUGCUUGGGCAGUCGACAUUAGCGGUGCUAAGGAUCAGUUCUAUAGCUUUCUCAAUUUGAUAGAUAUAAAAUGCAUCCUCAGCUUUGGUGGUUGGGGUUUUUCCACGAGUGAUUAUACAUUCAAUAUAUUCUAUGAUGGGGUUAAAGAUGGUAAUCGCCAGAUUUGGGCUAACAAUGUCGUGGAAUUCAUCACUGCCAAUAAUCUUGAUGGCGUUGAUUUCGAUUGGGAGUAUCCAGGAGCCCAAGAUAUCCCUAGAAUCCCACCUGACAGCACCGAUUCAGGGAAAAACUACCUGGAGUUUCUCAAGCUGGUUCGAUCAAAGCUGCCCUCUGACAAGACAAUGUCUAUUGCUGCACCGGCAUCGUACUGGUACCUCAAGUACUUUCCCAUCAAGGAAAUAGCCGACGUGGUAGACUACAUCGUCUAUAUGACUUACGAUCUCCAUGGCCAGUGGGACUAUGACAACACAUUUGCUGACCCUGGAUGUCCUAACGGCGGCUGUCUCCGCAGCCAGGUCAAUAAGACCGAGACCGAAUACGCGCUGUCUAUGAUCACGAAAGCAGGGGUGAAUGCCAACCAGGUAGUUGCGGGUGUUGCACUCUAUGGUCGCAGCUUUGAAAUGGAAAAUACCAGCUGCACUGGACCCGAGUGUCACUUCACUGGACCUCUUUCAGGUGCUACGAAAGGUCGUUCCGGUUAUAUUUCCAACUAUGAAAUCUUCGAGAUACUCGCACAGGCCCAAAAUCCCGAUCUGUACGGCAACAUCAGUAUUUCCCAGUACUCAUCCGAUGAAGUCGGAGACGUCUUGAUAUACAACAAGACAAACUGGAUCUCGUGGCUCUCCCCGUCAAGCUAUGCUUCUAGACGAAGCUGGACAGACGGGCUGAACUUUGGCGGAACGUCUGACUGGGCUGUUGAUCUGAAUGAGACUUAUUCGAACAAUGGCACAGGAAGCGCCAUAGACAGCGGUUACGAUUGUGACGACGACUACACGGCCUGUAACUAUACGAUAACCUUUGACAGCUUAGAUAAUCUUUCUGCAUCUGCGGGCAACUUGAGGUGCUUAUUGAUAUGCUUGAUACGGCUUAUGCCAACUACACUUGACGUCAACAACGGCUAUGACGAACUGUUUGGUUACUAUGUCACUUAUAUUGAUAAACUCGUCCCAGAGAUUCUCCAGGAUCCGUUCAUGUUCAAUAUAACCAGUGAUGAUGAAAAUUGGAAAAAUGUCGGGGCUUUGCCAGAGGUCGGAUACGGCAUGGAUUACUUCAUUUGCAAAUUCGAUGACACUACGUUUCCCUGCAACCAAGCCCAAAGUGAGAAGUAUGAACGCUUCAUGGUCUAUACUACAACCUCGCUCGACCUUACAGAUUCAGAUGGCUACAGCGCUGGCCUAGCCAAAGCCGGCCUUUCCCCAGAUUGGGUUGUGUUUGGUGAUUACCAAAUCGAAAGUGACAUUGUCUCUCCUCAUGGUGGUCAAAAACGAUAUUACAAGUUUACCAAUUUCCCGAUCAAGAAUGACUCCAUGGUUGUUCCUAAUCCAAAGGAUAUUGUUACCAAGGCACUUCCCAGUAUCCCGAGCUUGAAGACGAGUAUGCAGGCGACGCUCUUGGAUAUGAAGCUGAGUCAGUGGAGGAAUGGGUCUUUGACGGAUCCGGCUCAGGCGUAUAGCACGGCUGUAUUUAUGCUUAUGCAGGCCGUUGACAGUAUGGCACAGGCGAAGGAGUUGGGAGAGAAGGAAGAAAAGGAGGAGGAGGAGGAAGAGAAGAGGAAGAAAAACUUUAUUCUGAUGAUUGUCAGUGUUGUUCUCAUGUUUGUUUUCGGUGUCGGCGAAGAAGUCGCCGCAGCAACUGGCUUUGCCAGUCUAGCUCGGGCAAUUGCGCUCGCAGGUGAACUCGGUAAUGGAGUCCUGGCUGUCUAUGAUACCGUCGAAGACCCCAGUUCUGCUGUUGUCAAUGUUCUCGGAAUGCUGCUGGGAGUGGGUUCUAUUGCAAAGGUCGCGCGUGACGGCGAGGGAAUCGGCUCUGUUGCGAAGAUUCGCACAGCUAUGAAGUCUGAUGACAUUGCGUCGUUGGGGAAGAUCUUCAGUGAUAAUGAUAGUAAGUUGCAAGGCAUCGUGAAGGCUUGCAAACUUUCAUAG